CAGAGUAAUGACUCCCUUUGAAAUCGGCUAGCACAAGAAACAAUAAGAAGAAACACAUACAGUCGCAUGAUUUCCUCCUCGAUACGCAACUACUGGAGUUCUGAGUGAACAGCCAAAAAAAGGUCUCUUAUUGUUUCUUACUGUUGGUAAUAUGUCAGGGUGUGGUCGUUAUCAGUGGCUACCUAUAUGGGUAUUCUUCCGUUAUUUAUGCGAACCCCUACCGACCAUGCCAUCAUUUUGAGGCACAGCCACGACGAUAUCAAACUGCCGCAGCAGUUGCAGUUUAAGUGUGCCAGGGCCUCUUCUCUAGGCUGCAGGUGUUCUGGAAAAUCAUCAUAUAAGAAUGGCUUCUUUCCAAAAUAUCUCUGGUGCUUUUGAUGGGUAUAGAAACAUCAGCUAAUAUUCUCCACAAGACUCCAGUUAACUUGGAGAACAUUUAUCGAUAAAGCCAUAUACUGAAUCCUGUUCAGACACCAGCUACAUCAUCUAUGGCUUUCUACCGUGCCUCCCCCUCCCCCUCCCCCUAUGACCUUCGAUCAAUCAUCCAACUCUAUCCAGAACAGGAGCCAUGGUGUGUCGGAUUUGCAGUCACCAGAGGCCGUCGAUGCCACAAUCAAACCAGCGCAGUGAGCCGCGAAAAGGCGUGUUCCCUUCUGGACAGAGGCACCCGGGACCUUGCACAAGGUCUUGAUAUCAAUGACCUCCUGGAUCAGUUGGCACCCCUAGUUCUGUGCAAAAGAUGGCAUCAGUAUGAGUGCCACGACCUGGUCAGCAGAUGGGCACGGAAAGUUGAAGAUUUCCAAAUGAGACAGAACCGAGCCUCUUCGAUACGGACGACACCAACCAGAACAGUCAGUCGUUCGUCUUCGUCCUCGCCGUCUACUCUGGGAUAUCCGUAUACGCCGGGAUAUUCUGAGACCAACCACUACAGACGGCAUGGCUCACCGGAUGAAAUAUGCAGCGCCCAGCGCAUUAAUGAUCUCCUGCAAAGCAUGAGUGAUCGACUCGACAGGGUGGUUGAAUCGUUGGAAGAUUCAGGCCAACCUUCUGUUCGUCAAAGGGACAACAGUGCACGUUCUACAGCGGGCAGACCCGCACAGCGACAAGCAUCUAGUCUCGCCGCCGGUGCUGCUACAUCAAGAAGCGCUUCACGAACUGUCGAACCAGAUGAUUCCUCAGUCCGAAACAGAGGCUCUACAUCUACAUCAACCAGAACCGAAAGGAUAUCGGGGCGCACCAGAAACUCAUCUGGAACAAGACAGUCCUCGUCCACCGCUACUACUAGAGAGACACCAUCUACAACCACAGUAUCAGGACCUGACAACCUGCGUACAAUUUCUCCUACACGGCCAACAAGAGUAAGAGUCUCGCUAGUAAGAGUACCAGAAGUCAACAUCAGCAGAAUCACAUCGACACCCACAACCACAAGACGCAUCGUUACCCAGAAACCUAUCGAGGGUGACUGCUCAAUUUGCACAAACUCUCUUAUCCACGAAGAAGACCACUCCACUGAAAACAGUUCGGGAACAGAAAACGAAAGACAGUCAUCAGGUCAACUCUCCUGGUGCAGGGCCCAAUGCGGGAAUAAUUAUCAUAAGGAAUGUAUUGAUCAAUGGCUUUCUACCUGUCGAGACAUGUUUCGUAAUCCGACAUGUCCUUAUUGUCGAGCGCAGUGGGUGGAGUGAGAAAUGAUUUUUUUUUUCUUGUGAUUGGUACUUUCUGGCCUUUAUUUCUUGAUCGUUAUUCUCUCCAUUUCUUAUUCGUGCUUCGUUAUGAUGCGAUGUAUAUUAUCAUGCUUGUUGAUGUUAUAGACGUUUCUUGAUGUCUUUUUCUUAUAUAUGUUAUGUCAUGUUGGUUCCAAGAUGUGAUUUACCACUGUAUGAAUGAUAGAGUAUCAGAAGUUCAGCUUUAGGCAAUUCUGCGA